AUGGCCAUCAUUUUGGUAAUAGGUUUACCGCUCGCUGCUUGCCAGUACUCCAGUUUGGUUAUUGGUGUUUUGCUCGAUAACAACAACAACAACAAUAAUGCAUCCAUGAAUGUGUUUAUGCUUUAUGCCAAAAAUCCACUUCAUUCUCCUCAUUUCUUUAACUCCCGUUGUUCCAGGAAACGAAACGCCAGAUUGCAGAAGGAAAUCGAAGAGGCGUGUCGCGACACCAGAGGCGUCUCUCCAGAUGAUAUGCGCGACAACGCAGGUCCAUACUACGAAUCCUCCACCCUACCAACAACUCCAGUUAUGAAAUUUGAUGCCCAUGAUGGCGAGGUGAAUGCGGUGAAAUGGAGUCCCGUGGAUAGGCUCCUCGCGACCGGAGGCGCCGACAGGAAAGUCAAGUUAUGGGAUGUUUCCAAAGGCUCGGCCGAAAACCGCGGCAUAUUGCAGGGUAGUAAUGCAGGUGUUAUGUCUGUUGAUUUCGAUAAUACUGGUACCUUGGUUCUUGGGGCUUCCAAUGACUACGCGAGCCGUGUGUGGACUGUUUGCGAUCAGCGAUUAAGGGUGAGUUUUAUAUGCAAACCUGUGCUUUCUGUAAACCCCUUUUUUUUCGUCCUCUUUCGUUUACCGAUUGGAGUUGAUAAGCCUUCCGUUGCUGGACUAAUGGUCCAAUAACUUUUAUCCUCUUCGAUUUGGCUUCGUUUCCUGCCAAUUUACCGCGAGAUGGUUUAACCGGGCCGCCGUUCGAUUUGAUUGAAGCGAUUCGAAAUAACACGUGUUUAAACUCUUCGAAUUCAGCACAAU